AUGCGUCUUUUGCGACGCAGCAGUACUGGCGACUUCUGCCUCACUAAGGAUCUGAUUGGUGAUGACACUAUUCCUCCGUAUGCGAUACUUUCGCACACAUGGGAAGCAGACACCGAGGUCACCUUUGCAGACAUGAUAAAUGGGACUGGCAAGGGUAAGCUUGGCUAUAGGAAGAUCCAGUUCUGUGGAGAACAAGCCAGACAAGACGACUUGCAGUACUUUUGGAUUGAU